UGUGCAAGUUUCCACUGUGGGCAGGGCACGGAUAUCUGCGCGGAGUGAUGACCUGAAGCGGUCCAUGGAGCUGGAGGAUGCGUUCCGCGCCGUGGGGGAGUUCGGGCCGUACCAGCGGCGGGCGGUGGGGCUGCUGGUGCUGCUACAGCUGUACAUGGCGGGUCAGGCUAUGCUGCUGGUUCUGGUCGGAGCUUCUCCAGACUUCCUCGUUGACCAGACCGCCGCGGGUCCCGGAGGGGUCCGCUUUACUGAGGACCUGGACUCUAUCGUCACUGAGUGGUCCCUGGUCCAGGACGAGGCCUACAAGGUGAGCCUGGCUGGCUCUCUGUUCUUUGCUGGAGUCCUGGUGGGAAACAUCGUGUUCGGCCCGCUGUCGGACAGCAUCGGGCGCAGACCUGUCUUCCUCACCGUGCUAUUCUUUGAGGUGCUGUUUGGCUUCCUGACGGCUGUAGCGCCGAGCUACGAAAUGUUCGCCCUGUCCCGGCUGCUGGUGGGCCUGAUGAACGGGGGCAUGGGUCUGGUCUGCUUCGCCCUCACCCAGGAGUACGUGGGCCGGUCCUACUGGGCCAUGACCGGCACCAUGUCGAACUGUGCGUUUGCGGUGGGCAUCGCUCUGUUCGGCCUGCUGGGGUUCUGCGUGCGGCCUUGGAGGACGCUGGCUGCCACCACCAACUCCCCCGGAGUCCUGUUCUUCCUACUGGCUGUAGUCCUGCCAGAGUCUCCUCGAUGGCUCUACUCCCAGGGCCGUGUCGACGAGGCAGAGGAGAUAUUGCGCUACGUUGCCAUGAGGAACGGUUGCCCGGCAUCCAACCUGAAGCUGCGGCGCGCUGACCCCGCCCUCCAGCGGAAAGGGGGCGGUGGCCUUCUGCGAUUGGUCAGCAAUCCGGUGCUGCGCUGGAGGACCAUGUUGCUGAUGUUCACCUGGUAUGCGUGUAGUCUGGUAUAUUAUGGGCUGACCUUAGGAGCCGGGACCACGUCGGGCAGUCGCUAUGGAAACGUGGUGAUGUACGGGCUGGUGGAGCUGCCUGCCUAUCCGCUCUGCAUGUACUUCAUCAACAAACCCUGGGCCGGGAGGAGGCGGAGCACCGCUGGCUUCCUGUGUCUGGCCGGAGCUUCCUGUCUCUGUACUGUCAUCCUCCCAGAGGACUCAGCAGGAGCCCUGAUCAACAGCAGGUCUUUAGCUCUGAUGGGGAAGCUGUUGGUCAGCGCAGCGUUCAACGUCGUCUACAUCUACACCGCCGAGCUCUACCCCACCAGCAUUAGGAACGCCGGGCUGGGGGUCUGCUCGAUGGCCUGUCGAGUCGGGGGGAUUCUGGCUCCGUUUGUUCCCUCCAUGAGGGUGGUCCACAGCUCCCUCCCGUUCACCGUGUUCUGCCUCAGCGGGCUGACGGCCGGCUGCCUCACCCUGCUGCUCCCCGAGACCCUCGGCAGCCCCCCUGGAGAGACCCUGGAGCCCCCCCCCCUGGACCCGGCCUCCGGCAGAGUGCUGCACCCCAAGCUCCAUCUGUAUGAGAAGACAUCCAGAUGGCCAACUGACAGACACCCAGGUGACCUACAGACUGACGGCCACUCCUCCUACAGACAGACAGCCAGGUGACCUACAGACAGACGGCCUGCUGACCUACAGACAGACGGCCAGUCCUCAGACUGACAGACCAGAAGAAACUGUGUAAAUGUUAAAUUUUUGAGGGAUUCGUACUGACUGAAUUUAUCUUGUUAUAUUUAAGAAGAUAUGCAAUUCAAAUUUUGUGAUAAUAAUAAAGAUGAUAUUUUGUAAUGAA